AUGUCGAGCGACACGCCUGAGGAGGUCCCCGCGAGCCUGCGCUCCUUGGCCAUGGCAGCGCCUCGUCCCGGCCAGGCCAUGCAUCCGCCAUCUCGUCCGCUGCCCCCGCGCCGCGCCCGCAUAGGCAUUACCGUCGCCUGUGAGCCCUGCCGCAAGCGCAAGUCGAGGUGUAACGGACAGCGGCCAAGAUGCGCUUCAUGCAUCCACCGCGGCCUGCAUUGCCAAUACGUCUCGGCCACCGCGUCCGAAACAAACUCCGAAGCCCUCAAGCGAAAGGUCACGGAGAUGCAGCAGAGGAUCGAAGACCAUGAGCGCCUCUAUGCGGCUUUGCGGACCAUGAGCGAACAGGACUCCCGCGCCGUGCUUGACAAGCUACGGCUGGGCGCUGAUGUCAGCACUGUCCUGCGUCAAAUCAAAGAGGGCGACCUUCUCCUCCAACUGUCUCUGGUCCCGGAGUCGCGAAGGCGGUACGAGUUUCCCUACUCCUCCACCAUGCCCGCCUAUCUGCAGACCCCCGACAACCCCUAUCUACGUUCUCCCGUCUACGGUAUCACCAUCGACGACCGGUUUGUCCCCGGACCGAGCCCAUCUCUCCAGCCCGACGACAGACUCAGCCACUGUCGCGGGGUGUAUGUGCAGCCAUAUCACUCUGCCACAAUCAUCGAUGAUCGUCUCUCCGAGGUCGAACUGUCUCGCUGGACCUCAGUAACGGCAGACAAUCGGCUCAUGAGAAAGAUGCUGCACGCCUAUUUACUGCACGAAUACCCGACUUUCCCGGCUCUCCACAAAGACAUAUUCCUUCAGGCAGCCAUCGACAACGACAAGCGCUUCUGCUCUCCACUGCUCGUCAAUGCUCUCUUGGCAGAAGCAUCGCACUGCUUUAUUGGCCUCCCGCACCGUGACCAGUUUUGGAACCCAAAAACUCUGGGUUACUCCUUUCUUGCCGAAGCAAAACGCCUAUGGGAACUCUACGCGGAUACCACAGUCGACCUUCCAACUUUGCAGGCGACCCUGAUCUUGCACAUCACGUACAGCAUGCAUGGCAUGGACAAAAUCGGCUUCCCCUAUCUCGUCAGAGCUGUGACGAUGGCGAAGCAGCUCCGCCUGCUAGAUGGUAACAAACACAUUCGCAGUACCCGGUUAAGACACGCACGCGACUUCACUGCGUGGUGCUUGUUCAACUGGCAGACUUUGAUGGGCUACUACUAUUUCCGAGCCCCCAUCAUCAAGGCGCCGCCGGCAUCAGCGCUUCCAGACCCUGACCGCCACCCGUCUUGGUAUGGUGGCCUUGUUCUCCGAUACAGCUUAAAUCCGACACCGUUUCUGUCGCCUUUGGGACUUUUAUUCAACGCGGUUUCGAGGCUGAGGGUCAUUAUCAACGACCUUGCCAUCCUCCAAUUUGGGAACACCAACUCUCAAGACGUGCAGGGCUUGACCGCCAAGAGCGUGCGCCAAAUACAAUCAAGGCUUGAAUCUUGCAUGGAAUACCAAGCAUUAGCGUUUGCCGUGACGCAAAUACGGACCGCGGAGCACCUGCCAUCUCCAGUAUCGCCUGCAUCUUCCGACGAGAAAGGCGCAGCCGAAACAUGGCAGGGCGGCGGAUUAGGCGCCCUGCGCCGGCUCGAAACGGUCGCUCGUCUGUACUUCGUCCGACAUAGCUUCGAGUUCUGCGAUGCCUUUUUGCUCCUUUUCCUCUCCACGCUGGGAAUGGCAGCGUUGGAGAGUCUCCGCGAAGCGGAGGGGGAUGCCGCAAUAUUGAGAGAUGUUCGGUCCACGCUUAUACUCAGCAUCAAAGGUUUGCGUGACCAGGGACAGCACAUUCACAUGGCUGCAGCCACCUAUAGGCUUCUUCGCAGCAGGCUGUCACCCGAAGACUUGUCGGCGGUUCGGGGCCAUGCCCAAUGGAACCCGGUUGAUGAGAACGAGCCUCUUGUGGCCCAGCAUAUUCAGUCAGAGUGGCCGUUGGCAAUCCUCGGCCGCGAUGGCGAUCCAGAGGCGUCUUCUUUGGAGGCCCUCGCCAGCAAAUACGACCGAUUGUCCCUGGAAGAAACCAAUGACUCCGCAUCUGAAGACUCCCAGUCAGGAUCGGAGCUCGGUUCAGAGGAUCAAUCCAUGGAAACGACUUGA